AUGGGCGGCUUCAGUCUUUUUGCUUUUUUCCUUAGGACAUUCCGCCGUUUCGCCAAACUGCCGCGUUCAAAUUCUUCGCCUUCGCCUCCGUCUGCAAGAAAUGCAUCUGGACGCGCGGAUUCAUCGAGAAGACAAUUCUUGAGUUCUAGAACUGCGAAACGUCACCUAGGGUUGUUUGGGGCCACAGCGGCAGCUACAAGCAUGGGACUCAUGCAGCACACUCAAUGCAGUAGCGAAACAGAGGAGGAUUCGGACGACGAGCCCCAUGAUGUUCGAGGACGUCAUCCUUCUCAAAAAAGCCUGCAAAAUGACGUUCGGGACGCCAUCAGGAGGAAGCGGCACCUAACGUCUCCUUCCCGACAGAUUUCUGGCCCCAUGCCUCUCGAUUACUCUAAUAAUGAGGGCAAGCAAAUUAAUUCCUUACCACGAAGAAUGUCAUUCACUCAGUCUCGUCGUACAUCGUCCCCUCGUACUGAAACUCGGGAAAUUAGACGCAGUGGUUCCUCGUUGAACCCUACAGUCAAACCGCGCUUUAGUUUCAUUUGGAUGAGUGUUCCAAAGAAUUACAGGGAGUCUCCGAAUGAUGGCCUCCUCACAGGGCUCCUACUCCCACCCAUGAUUGCGCUAGCACUAUUGUACUCGGCCUUGCGGCAGGUUAACUCCCCUUCGUCUGAUCCCAGUCUUCCUCCCCCUCAUUGGUUGAUAGAAGCUCCAAGUGUACUCCAUAACCCUCGAUCGCCUGCUUCCGCUAUCGAUGCCCUCAUACAGUCUCGUCGUGGCCUAGUGGAUUACUCCACGAUGUGUUCAUUUAUAUUAUUAGCUCAAGUAUGUUCUUCGUGGAUCAUUGAAACGCGCUAUCGCGGACGUCCCAGCGUCCCUGAGGGAGAGCGCGGCUCUGUCCCUCGCAGUGAAAUGCGCAGAACAUGGUUUUAUGUGCUCUACACUUUCGGCAUGACUAUGCUGGCUAUUACAGCCCGGUAUCUUUUUGCGCUGGCGGAGGUCCCUAUAUGGCGAAAUAUCAGCUAUCUCGAUAUUGGCAUCGGCUCAUUGUUCUACCAAUUUUGCUUAUAUAUCGCCCUUCGCCUAGCGCAUGGUGGGUUCACGCUGGGUGAAUUGGCCCUUGUCUGCUUCGGCGGGCUGUCCUUGGCCACGGAACUACUGGGGUUGACUAGAGCAAGGGUUUGGCCAAAAACAGCGCCAUUCAUCGAGACCUACCGCCUGCCAACACCCCUGCUGAUUUUCCAAAUUGCGCUGAUUGCAGGUUCUUUCAUCACUGGCUUCUUGCUUUCUCCUCUUCUGGCCAUAUCGCGGCAUAUUGCCCAGCGACCGGUGAGGCGUCUUCGACUCCCACAGGAGAAGCAACGGAAUCGACGAGCUCUUGCCGCGGGUUUUUAUGUCGGAACCAUAAUCAUUGUGGUUGGCCUUAUUGGUUCGUGGACAUGGUGGAACCUCGGAUACAGAAACCCGUGGCUAUGGACUAUUUUUUGGCUCCUCGAGGGGCGUAAGAAGUGGAGUCGACCCAUGCUUCUUGCAUACUGGGGCCUUCUCGGAAGCAUCAGCGUUGCCGGAUGGAACCGACAGCUAUCAAGGUCAAGGCGGUACAGGCAUAGAAACACGAGUGGGGGUACGCAGGAUAACGUGAUCGUUCCGUUUGCUGUGAACUCGAAUCAGAAACCGCAUACGGAGAUAUCUUCAUCCGCUCCCACCAAUGCACUUGGGCUUACAUUCCCCAACUUGGCUAAUCUCCCUAAUCUGUCCAAUGGUUCGCAAGUCGCCACGGAACUGUUGGAUGCCGCAGAUAAGCACGUUCCAACACUUGGUAUCAACGCAAGGCGCAAGUUCUUCCACGCGUUGGCCGUUGUAAUGUUCCUGCCUGGAGUGGCUGUUGACCCCGCAUUCACUCACUUGGCCUUCAGUGCAGCCUUUGCGCUCUUUAUCUUUGCAGAGUAUGUGAGAUACUUCGCCAUUUAUCCUUUUGGUGCUGCUGUGCACCUGUUCAUGAACGAGUUCCUCGAGCAAAAGGACAGCGGAACUGCCAUCCUCAGUCACUUUUAUCUGCUUACUGGUUGCGCGGGCUCGUUGUGGCUUGAAGAGCCAUCACGAUUGCUACAAUAUACCGGUAUCCUCGCUUUGGGUAUUGGCGACGCUAUGGCAUCUAUUAUUGGGAAACGCGUCGGUCGGCACCGUUGGUCUUCAACAUCCUCCAAGACUUUAGAAGGUAGCGCCGCAUUUGUGUUGUCCCUCGUGGCUUGCGCGUGGCUUUUGAGACUCUGCGGACUUACGGAAGAAUUUUCGACGUUGCGCUAUACCGUCGUGGCUGCUCUCUCAUGUGCACUUGAGGCCUUGUCAGACCAGAACGAUAACUUGACUUUGCCGUUGUAUAUGUGGAUGCAUUUACUCGGCAUAAAAACCUCGAACAUGCAGUCCUCGACAAUAACAGAUAUAGCCCUAGAUCCACUCCCAUCGUCUCUACCUCUCGCAAAGGCCUUUUCUGUGCCAUCAUUUCAAAUGCCCAUUCCACGUCUGCCCAAGGUGAAGCAACAAAGUCCCCGAUUGCCGCGACUGCCGCGACCAGCAACUGCCUCUAUGGCAGAGGGCACUCAAGCAUACCUACCCCCUGCGCCCCAGAUUUCCCCAAAGGAUGUAGAUAAUCCUCGAGACACCGAUGCUUUAUCCAUAAAGUCGUUUGAAGCACGCGCUACAGACAUGGUGUCAAUUCACUCAGCUCCAUCCGGUAGUCCUUGUGAAACCCUAGCGGCGACGAGUACUCCUGGUGAUACCCGACCCGACAUCGACGGGGCCGAACAUGACUGGGCUACCUUCAUGACUGCUUACGCAUCGGGUCAGUGGCAUCCUCAUCGAACGCCUCGUCAUCCGCGUUCAAUGAUCUCUACUCCUGUUAUGCGGGAGGGCUCUCUACGAGACAAUUUUGCGAUGAGACAUGAUCCUGCACCGAUCAUCAUCGAAUCAGAGCAGGAUUCUACUUCUAUGUUGCCUGCCCACCAAGCUGUUAUUUCUUCCCCGGUAUCCUAUGGCAGUAGCAAUGAGACAGAGUUCAAGCCCGCUCCCGAUAAAGCGGUGAUAGCCUCUGAUUUUCCCUCAUCCGUUUACCCUGACAAGCUAUUGUCAAAUAUUACACCAAAGUCAUCGUCGCUUUCCGGUCGCAGAUUCCGCAAGUCAUUCACAGAUCUGCGACAUGCAACAGGAGGGCAGCCAAUGCAUCUCCCUUUAGAUGGGACACAAGCUUUCAGCAUUAGUCCGGAGGCAACCACUGCGGCUGCAACCAUGCGAUGGGCAGCAGCACGCGUUAAUUUGUCUCCUCUUGCGUUGCCCUCUCCUGAGCAUGAGCUAACAGAUCCAAUGCGAGGUGUGCAUGCAGCAAUACCUGGAUCACAUCCGACUGCCAGUAGCCCCCCUGCCCAUCCGACAACGCCCGGAAUGUCUCGAAUCCGAGCAGGCAGCUUCUGGGAGGGUACGCAAGAUGUCGAAGAUGAGCUAACUGUGCUCGCCCUACCCGGAUCGUUACCCAGAACUCCCCUACGCAACAUAACUGAGGCAGAACUGUAUUUGACUUUCCCCCCGCCGGCCUCCGUUCCACUGCAGCGUAAUCAGUCGCCUGAGCCGACAGAGGAAGGCGAUUACUUCACCGCAGUCAGUACAUCCGCUUCAGAUCAAUUUCCCAUGACCCCCGACCCCGCUCAACUUUGGCAGGACUACUUAAACCACAGACGUGAAUCCGGGCCAUCGGAACUCAACAUUUGUACGGCACCACCCCUUCCACGAAGGAUAUGCUUGACAAGGCAAACCUCUUCUCCCCUACCCGACAGCAUCGGGAGAGACCGUGGCUUACCAGGAGGACGGUCGGUAUGCGACUCGGUCAAUAGUUUUCGUGCUGGCCGGUCUGCGAAGGAGGAGCAGAUGUUCCUAGAUCUUGGCUAUCUAGCUCCACCGAACCCUCCAGACGAGCUCGAGCGAAGACGCGCUCUAUACAAGUUUAACCUCUGGAACACCGGCCCCGACAUUAACUUCGAUCGCAUUGCACAUCUGGUCAAACUUGUGUUCAACACGAAAUGCGUUUACAUAUCCCUCAUCGAUGGCACGGAGCAGGGUGAUGAACCAACGGUUAUCCUGGAUACGAAGUUAGAUUGGCGGUUUGCCAAGAAUCCUCUGGUCACCGGAUUUCCAAACGUUCGCUUCUAUGCUGCGGCUCCUCUGAGAACCUCCGAUGGAUUUAACAUUGGCAGUCUUUCUUUGAUUGAUGAUUCACCAAGGCAGGAUUUCGCCCCUCGUCAACGACACACUUUGAAGGAAUUUGCGGCUGUUGUGAUGCGUGAAAUGGAAUUGUGGCGUGAUAAAAUCCAACUGCGCAUACGUGACAAAAUCCAGACCUCCAUGGAGCAAUUUAGUCGAGAGUGCCUUGAGAUUGACCAGAACGAUGCAAACACGGAUGAUGACCCUUACGCUAACGCGUCCAUGGACAGAGUGUAUGAUCGUGCCGCCAGACUUGUCAAGCGCACUUUAGAUGUCGAGGAGGUGGUAGUCAUGGAUGUUUCACACUGCGAAGUAUUGGAGACGCUCAGUGCCGAAGCAACUAUAUCUGUUGUCAUGCAUCGCGGGGAUCCACAAUCCCAACCAACAUCUCGCACGCUGACGGCGGAUGAAUACCACAAGCUAAACGCGUUCUUUGACCAGUAUCCUGAUGGCAAGGUGUCUGAAGGCAUUUUACCAGUCUGCUUCCGUCCCUUUAUCCCAACACACAUACAGUAUGCACUCACUGUUCCUGUUUUCAAUAUCGACAAAAGGCCGUUUGCCUUGAUUUGUGCAUACAAUGCCACUGAUCCAUCACGACGAUUUGUAAAGAUUCACCUAAGAAUAGGUGUCAUCAUUCUCUCGGCUGUCCUCAAGAGGAGGAUGAUGCUGGCCGACCAAGCGAAGAGUCUGUUUAUCUCCAACAUAUCUCACGAGCUUCGUACUCCUUUGCAUGGGAUUCUCGCUGCGGCCGAAUUACUUUCCGAUACAUCGUUAAGUCAUAGCCAGACUUCGUUCCUGCACACCGUCCAGGCGUGCGGGACAUCCCUUGUUGAAACGGUGAACCACGUUCUCGACUUCACGAAACUCAGUGGCAAUAUGAAGUCAGGUGGCGUGGACAAUGUCAUAACGAGGAGCAUAGUGGAUCUCGAACAACUUGUUGAAGAGGCAAUCGAUGGAUCAUGGAUUGGAUACUGCGCCCGCACAUCUGCCAUUCGCGAGUCGGAAAUCGGGAGUGUGUAUGCUCCAGCGAUGGAACAGCGAUCCUCGAGUGUUAUGGCUGCUCCAGCCUCUUCGAAGCAGGUGGAGAUCAUUGUCGACAUCGACCGACGCGAAGGCGGAUGGAUUUUGAAGUGCGACAAAGGUGGUAUUAGAAGGGUGUUGAUGAAUCUUUUUGGAAACAGCCUAAAGUUCACGACUGAUGGUUACGUUCAUGUAUCUUUACGCCAAGUAUCUGCGCCAAAUGAAGAGCCUAGUAUGGUGGAGUUAUGUGUCAGCGAUACGGGAAAGGGGAUCAGCCAAAAUUUCCUGAAGAACCACUUGUUCCAUCCCUUUUCCCAGGAGAACCCUUUACAAGCUGGGACAGGUUUAGGCCUUGCGAUCGUCAACAGUAUCGUCCAGUCUCCAAGUGUGGGCGGGAAAGUGGAAGUAUCCAGCGAAGAAAACGUUGGUACCGACAUCAAGAUCACUUUCCAAGCAGAAACUUUGGAAGAUGGCGCGAGUGCUCUUCAAACUCCCUUUAUGUUCGAUCAUGUUGUCCCCACUGUUACCUUCCUCGGGUUCAAGCAGAAGAGCAAAGGUGUUCAGAUGCUCAGCGAUGUGCUUCGCAAGUACCUCCAGGAUUGGUGGGGAUUCAGAGUGCAGACUGACGGAGGUGAGUUGAGCGACAUCGUGAUCAUAAACGAAGACUCGUCACCUGUUGUUACCGCUCUUGAAAAAAUGGACUACCGUCGGUCGUUCAUUAUCUUGUCUUCAAGUAGAGGUAGUCCGAGGGUGAUGGGGAUUUGCAGCACCUACGAGAACUUUGGCGGUUUUUGUCGCAUCGUUCACAAACCAGGAGGACCUUUCCGAUUGCGCGCUGCGCUGAAACAACUACUUCGGGCCAGGCAAAGGCGUCAACAACGUCUACCAAGUUUCGCCAGCUCUGUGGCUGGGAUCUCAGAUGAUAGUAUCUCUCUGCACUCCUCCAUGCUUACAGACGAUCUAUCGAAUCCAGACCGGCAUCGCCGGGGGAGUAUGGAUUGGAGUCGCUCAACUACCGUAUUUCCCACCCCCCUACCUGCAUCGCCGGAUGUCGAGGAAGCACCGUCCUCUCCGGAGAUUACCGAGUCUGAUGGAACAUCUUCAAGCAUGUCAAGUUCCACAGUAACCAUCGGUACGGACGGGAUACUCCUGGAGUCGUCAAUCCGGACCCUGGAUUUAGACCGCCCUCGUCCGAAAGUUUUGGUGGUCGAAGACAACAAUAUCUUGCGGAACUUACUAAUCAAGUGGUUGAUGAAGAAGGGAUUUGACUAUCGCGAGGCAGUCGAUGUGCCAGUCUCACUCAAAGAUCGUCUCACAUUUCUCAUAGGGCUGGGUGCCACCAUCGAGAUUCGUCAGCUUGAAAAAGCUCGAGAAAGUCGGCAGCCAAGCGUCAUACUAGCUUUGACUGGGAUGUCAUCCCUUGAAGACAAACGCAAGGCAUUCGAGGCUGGCAUGAGCGGAUAUCUUGUCAAGCCCGUAGCAUUCAAAACGCUCGAAGAAAUGUUCCGCAAGAUAGGGCUCUCGUGA